ACCCUAUUGGACGCAUGUCUUUGUGUUGUUUGAAUGAUGAUUGGUGUGUCAGGGCACCAUUUAAAUGCAUUGAGACCGGUUCGGAGCUGGGAGGCUUGAGCGCUCACGGCUGAACAAUUUUCACCUGCACAUCGGGAAGGACCUAUUAAGCUACCAUUCCAUACAUAAGAACUGCAAAAAUCAGUCUCAAACAGUCCAACCGUGAUGAUGUCUUCGACCAUGUUCAUCAACCUGGUGCGCUGCUGUCGGUCUCCGUUCGGACGCCAGGCUGCUUUUCUGACCGUGCGGUCGCUCCAAGAAGCCUCCCCCUUGUCCCCACUCUUCCCCGGUGCGGUCCAGGUCCGGUGGAAGUGUAGUGCUCGGUUUGGCCCUGAUGGUAGCGGUCGACCGACCACAUGGGACUCCUUUGGGAUCUGGGACAAUAGGAUAGAGGAGCCUAUUCUGCUGUCUCCUAGUAUACGCUAUGGGAAACCCAUCCCACAGGUGAGUUUGUCCCGUGUGGGCAGUGCGUCUCUGCUGGGUCAUCGGAGGGAGAAUGAAGACAGGUUACAGGUGGUUCGGCUCAGUGACAGGAUCCUGUACUUGGCUGUGUUCGAUGGACACGGAGGACCACAUGCUGCAGAAUACUGUGACACCUACAUGGAGAAAUACAUUAGAGAGGCCCUACAGCAGGAGGAUGACCUGGAGAAGGCUCUGACCCAAGCCUUUCUGGAGGUGGACAAAGCCCUUCACACACACCUCAGUUACUUUGGCAACGCUUCCUUCCUGACUGCGGGGACCACGGCGACGGUUGCCGUGUUACGAGACGGUGUAGAGUUGGUGGUUGCUAGCGUGGGAGACAGCAGAGCGUUGCUAUGCAGGAAGGGGCGGGCCAAGAAACUCACAAUUGACCACACCCCAGACCGGAAGGACGAGAGACAGAGGAUAAAGCUGAGUGGAGGGUUCGUAACGUGGAAUAGUCUUGGUCAGGCUAACGUUAACGGGCGGUUAGCGAUGACACGCAGCAUCGGAGACUUUCACCUCAAGGACACUGGUGUCAUCGCCCUGCCAGAAACACGACGGAUCAAUUUGCAACACCACCACGACACGUUCCUGGCUCUGACGACAGACGGGAUCAACUUCAUCAUGAACGACCAGGAGAUCUGUGAUGUCAUCAACCAGUGCCAUGACCCCACAGAGGCCGCAAACGUCAUUGCACAACAGGCUCUGCAGUAUGGUUCAGAGGACAACAGUACGAUCGUGGUGGUUCCAUUCGGAGCCUGGGGUAAACAAGAGAGCAGUCUGGCUGGCUACUCCAUGAGCAGAAACCUGGCCUCUAGUGGGCGCUGGUCCUAAGAGAGAUAUACUGUACUCACAGACGUAGAAUACACAGACGUAGGAUACACAGACGUUAGGAUACACAGACGUAGGAUACACAGACGUUAGGAUACACAGACGUUAGGAUACACAGACGUUAGGAUACACAGACGUAGGAUACACAGACGUUAGGAUACACAGACGUAGGAUACACAGACGUAGGAUACACAGACGUAGGAUACACAGACGUAGGAUACACAGACGUAGGAUACACAGACGUAGGAUACACAGACGUUAGGAUACACAGACGUAGGAUACACAGACGUAGGAUACACAGACGUAGGAUACACAGACGUAGGAUACACAGACGUAGG